AUGGCUCCGAUUAAAGUUGGCGAUGUUGUACCAGACGGAACUAUCUCCUUCUUCGACGAGAACGAUCAGCUCCAGACCGUCUCCGUUCACUCUCUUGCCGCUGGUAAGAAGGUCAUUCUCUUCGGUGUCCCUGGCGCUUUCACUCCCACCUGCAGCAUGAAGCAUGUCCCUGGAUUCAUUGAGAAAGCGGAAGAGCUUAAAUCAAAGGGUGUUGAUGAAAUCAUUUGCUUUAGCGUGAACGAUCCAUUUGUGAUGAAAGCGUGGGGAAAGACGUACCCAGAGAACAAGCAUGUGAAGUUUGUAGCGGACGGGUCUGGAGAAUACACACACCUUCUUGGACUUGAGCUUGACCUUAAGGACAAGGGUCUUGGUGUUAGGUCAAGGAGAUUUGCUCUGUUGCUCGAUAACCUCAAGGUGACUGUCGCCAAUGUUGAAUCUGGUGGCGAGUUCACAGUUUCCAGCGCCGAUGACAUCCUCAAGGCUCUCUAA